UCUCUUUCAUGCGCACGUCUCCAGCUGACAGAGGUCAACUGUGUGCAUGCUUAGAGAGUUUUAGUGCAUAGCCAAGGUGGAUGAUUCAACGAAAUAAUGGCUAAAGAGCAAGACGAAAGAAAAUUUUAGUUGUUCUUUUUUCAGGACGGUGCACUGUGCAAUCCCGCAGAAAAGCGACUUUCAUGUAAUCGUCAUUUGGCGAAAUUUAAAGAGGCGACUUGACAGAGGUGGACCUGCCAUGGCUAUUCCUAUCACUGCCACUUUGCUUAUUUGUGUAAAAGCGGUUCUUUAUGUGACAUUUACACGCGGCAUGGAGGCUGACUUCUGCAAACCUGUACGCGUGGAUCCCCGUGCGCACGGAAAACAUUUACAAAUGAAUGAAAGACAAGUUAUUUUUAGGAUCAAUGCGUUCAAACGGGAAUUUUACCUCCACCUCCUACCGGAUUCUAAUUUUCUCGGACCGGGUAGUGGGAAGCCAUUCGAGCCCAAUGCAUCGACACUUGUCGACCUCAGGAAAUGUUUCUACUCUGGCAAUGUCAAUUUGCAGCCGGACUCAUUUGCAGCGCUAAGCCUUUGUAAAGGUAUUAACGGUGGGUUUUACGAGAACGGCAUGGAGUAUUUCAUAAGCCUCGCAAGAGGUGAGGAUGCAGCAGCAGAAGCUGGGGAGUUUUCGUCCAAGACUCACGUCAUCCACCGCCGGAGAAGUUCUACGCCUUUAGACGGUCACUUCCCUAGCAGGUGUGGCGUGACACCUGACUCCGAGAACACGUCCCUGGUAAAAUACAAGUAUAUGAGUGAAGUGGAGAUUGGAACGGUUUUGGAAAGCCUGGGGAGAUCCAAAAGGUUUACAUCCACCCCCAGGUUUGUGGAGGUGUUGGUUGUGGCAGAUCCAUCCAUGGAUUCGUUUCACGGGGAUGAGUUGAAACAUUACCUCCUGACACUCAUGGCAGUGGCAGCCAAGCUUUACAAGCACCCCAGCAUCUUAAACUUAAUCAACAUCGUGGUUGUGGGGUUUGUGGUGCUGAACGAAGAUGAUAGGGGACCAGAGGUUUCAAGUAAUGCUGCCCUAACUCUACGCAAUUUCUGCUCCUGGCAGAGGAAGUUAAAUAAACACAGCGACAGGCAUCCUGAGUACUGGGACACUGCUAUUCUCUUCACAAAACAGGAUCUUUGUGGGGCCACAACUUGCGAUACACUGGGGAUGGCUGAUGUGGGGACCAUGUGUGACCCCAAGAGGAGUUGCUCUGUCAUUGAAGAUGAUGGCCUGCCAUCAGCAUUUACAACAGCCCAUGAACUCGGUCAUGUCUUCAACAUGCCCCAUGACAACGUGAAGGCAUGUGAGGAGGUCUUUGGGAAACUAAAAGACAACCACAUGAUGUCCCCGACUCUAAUUCAGAUUGACAGGAGUCGUCCCUGGUCUGUGUGCAGUGCAGCCAUCAUUACUGAAUUUCUGGAUCGAGGUCAUGGAGACUGUUUGCUGGAUCAGCCCCAGAGGCAGCUGUCUCUCCCAGAUAACCCACCCGGCUCCAGUUACACUCUACACAGUCAGUGUGAACUGGCUUUUGGGGACGGCUCCAAGCCUUGCCCCUACAUGCAGCCUUGCUCCAAGUUGUGGUGCACAGGGAAGGCCCGUGGACAACUGGUCUGUCAAACCAGACACUUUCCCUGGGCAGAUGGCACCAGCUGUGGCACUGGCAGAGUGUGUUAUCAAGGGGCCUGCACUGAAAGGAACACUACCCCUCAUAUCAAGGUGGAUGGUAAAUGGGGUAAGUGGGGUGCAUUUGAAGAUUGUUCCAGAACUUGCGGCGGGGGUGUUCAGUUGGCCAGGAGAGAGUGUAACAACCCAAUCCCUGAGAAUGGAGGAAAAUACUGCUAUGGCCUUCGAAUUAAGUAUCGCUCCUGCAAACUCAACCCUUGUCUUGAUACAGUGAAGAGUUUCCGUGAAGAGCAGUGUGAAGCAUUCAAUGGCAUAAGCCUGAAUACCAACAGACUGGGCUCAUCUGUCGUCUGGGUUCCAAAGUAUUCUGGGAUUUCCCCAAAGGACAAAUGCAAGCUCAUCUGCCGUGCUAAUGGGACUGGUUACUUCUAUGUCCUUGCCCCAAAAGUCGUUGAUGGAACACCCUGCUCACCAGACUCGACUGCUGUAUGCGUUCAGGGAAGAUGCAUUAAAGCAGGCUGCGAUGGGAAGCUUGACUCCAAGAACAAAUUUGACAAAUGCGGUGUGUGUGGAGGUGACAACCAAGGCUGCAAGAAGGUCUCCGGAAUGUUCACAAAACCCAUUCAUGGCUACAACUUUGUUGUGACACUGCCUGUUGGUGCAUCAAAUAUCGACAUUCGGCAGCGGGGAUAUCGAGGAAUUGUCAGUGAUGAAAACUACCUGGCAGUGAAGAACAAGUAUGGGAAGUACCUGCUGAAUGGUAACUACAUUGUGUCAGCUGUGGAGCGUGACCUGAUGGUGAUGGGCAGCCUGUUACGCUACAGUGGCACGUCAACAUCUGUGGAGAUUCUUCAGUCCACUCGGCCGCUUCAAGAGGCACUGACAGUGGAGGUCCUCUCAGUAGGGAAGAUUACCCCUCCCAGGGUGCGCUACUCCUACUAUCUUGCCAAAGAGAGUAAGGAGGAAAAGACCUUACUGAAAGAAGGGAAGAGCCAUGCAGCCCAGAAUAGAAUCCUAUUGAAUGGAAACAAAGUAGAAGCCCAAAAAAGGGUGAUGGGGAAUCAGCCAAUAAAUCACUGGGUGACCAGAAGCUGGGAUGCAUGCACAGUGACAUGCGGUAGGGGCUUACAGAAGAGGCUAGUGCAGUGUCAGAAUAUGGAUGGAAAACCUGCCAUCGGCUGCGACAGUGCUGUCAGGCCUGUUGCUCUGAGAGCUUGUGGAGAUCCGUGUCCCAUAUGGGAUGUAGCGGCCUGGUCGCAGUGCUCCAAGUCCUGUGGCAGGGGGUUUAAACGACGGCUAGUGCGUUGCGUGACUAAGAAUGGUCUUAGUCUACCAAGAGACCACUGCUUGGGAAAAAGGAAGCCUCAGGAGCUGGAUCUUUGCUAUCUGAGACAAUGUUAAAGCCCAGUCAAAUAGUA